CUGCGAAAACUCACCGCCAACCCCGCGCUAAACUGGAAGAGGGCGCUCCACUGAUAACAGGCCGGCUGGAUGGACAAGAAACACACACUGCCACCUGCUAGCCACGCUCCUCGUUAUCGCCCGUGAACCCAGCCUGUGAUUCUAUCGGAGGUCGUCAUCGUUGGAUGCGCUAAAGACGAGUGUUCAACCAUACAGUUCUGGGGGCUCUCCUGCACUGGAGUUGUCCGACCGGGUCUCAGCAACUGCCUCAGCCAAGCACAAAUAAUCUUUCCUGAUCACAUCCUCUUAGUGAAGUCUGCAAGUGGGAGCCAUGGAGGACUUUAACAGUGAAACCGACAGUGACUACACUAGCUACUGGAGAGAUUGGUUCAUCUCCUCCCGUGGAAACGAGUACUUCUGCGAAAUUGACGAGGACUACUUGACCGACCGCUUCAAUUUGACCGGCCUUAACACCGAGGUUGCCUACUACCAGUAUGCCUUGGACCUCGUGACGGACGUGUUCGAUCUCGACGCGGAUGACGACCUGCGCGAGCAAAUUGAGAAGUCGGCGCGCCACCUCUACGGCUUAGUUCAUGCCAGAUACAUUGUGACUACCCGUGGUCUCGCCAAGAUGGUUGAGAAAUACAAGCGCGGUGAUUUCGGCAAAUGCCCUCGUGUUAUGUGCGACGGACACCCCCUCCUGCCCAUGGGCCAGCACGACGUUCCCAACCAGAGUACCGUCCGCCUCUAUUGCCCCAAGUGCGAGGAUGUCUAUAACCCCAAGUCGUCCCGCCAUGCCUCGAUCGACGGCGCUUACUUCGGCACCUCGUUCCACAGUAUGCUGUUUCAGGUUUACCCCGCCUUGCUCCCGGAGAAGAGCAUCCGCCGCUACGAGCCCCGUAUCUUCGGGUUCAAGGUGCACGCGAGUGCUGCUCUUGCCCGUUGGCAGGAUCAGUUCCGGGAAGACAUGAAGGCGUCUCUUCGCGAGGCGGGCGUGGAGGCCAAAUUCGUGGAGGAUGCCAGCGAGGAUGACGAACUGGAGGAUGACGACGACGACAACGAACCGGUGGCUGAGACCAAGGUCGAGAAGGUCGCUGGGGAUGCCGCUUCGGGCCGGAUGGAUCUCGGCAACUGAUAGGCGUUCCCUGGUCUCAUCUUCUUCAUUGGAGUUCAUCUUCCUCAUUCCUCAUAUCCACUUGCAUAGGGGCAUGCAUGGUCUGCACGUGUGGAUUCAUCGCCGGUUCUGCGUUUCUUUGAUCACGUCCUCCGGCUAACGGCUUGUGCAACCCCGGGCGUAUGACAGGUUCUUACCAUUUCCUCUCUGAUGUGCACUGCAAUAAUGAUAACGAACACUGGUGGCGUUGGAAGUUUGAAGAUGGCGGGUCUGUUUUCGUUGCUUCUAAUGUACUAGUUUCUGGGUCUUGUUCCUAACCACGGACCUCCUCCUCGCAUGGCUGGUUUAGGUUUAUGUUGAUACUCUUUCCGUCCGUGACGACGAGGACACAUAAUGAACUGCUUGUCAACCCAACCAAAUCAAAACACAUCUAUUCCGACCCC